GUCUGGGACUAGAGACAAGCUAGGGGUGGAGCGAUAGGCUGCGAGGUCUCGCGAGAGUGUCCGCGAGGCCGGAACGGAAGCGUGGGGCGGACGUUGGUGCCGGCGCUGGCGGCCCGUGUGAGCUAAGCUGUCCAGCUGAAGGAGGCCUUGUCUCAACUCUGCUGACUCUGCAGCUGAACGCCGCCUCCUGGGUCCUAGUGCCAGUCGUGCUCCCUUUCUGUAUGCUUCCUGUUUUCUGUGCAACAUGUUGAACUUUGCUUUAGGAACUACCUGUCACCAUGAAUAUGCUGAUCUUCAUAAUGGCUGGUCUCCUUGUGCAUUGUGUGUUCUUGGCCUCAAUUUUUGACAUCUACUUCACCUCUCCUUUGGUUCAUGGCAUGACUCCUCAGCGUACUCCAUUACCACCACCUGCAAAGCGACUAGUGCUUUUUGUUGCUGAUGGCUUGCGGGCAGAUACACUGUAUGAAAUAGAUGAUAAUGGUACUCCUCGAGCACCUUACCUUAGGAAUAUCAUAGAAUACAAAGGCAGCUGGGGAGUAUCUCAUACUCAUGUUCCAACAGAAUCUAGACCAGGACAUGUGGCACUGAUAGCUGGAUUUUAUGAAGAUGUCAGUGCAGUUGCUAAAGGAUGGAAGGAGAACCCAGUAGAAUUUGAUUCAGUUUUCAAUGAAAGUAAAUAUACUUGGAGCUGGGGAAGUCCAGAUAUUUUACCUAUGUUUGCUAAAGGUGCCAGUGGGGAUCACGUUUAUACAUACUGUUACACUGCAGAAAAGGAAGACUUUGGAGCACAAGAUGCAACUAAACUAGACACUUGGGUUUUUGACCAUGUUAAGAACUUCUUCCAAGCUGCUGGAAGUAAUCAAACAUUGUUCUCUAAAGUAAAUGAAGAAAAAGUAGUUCUAUUCCUGCAUUUGCUAGGGAUAGACACAAAUGGACAUGCUCAUCGGCCAAACUCCAGGGAAUACAAGGACAAUAUCAGAAAAGUUGACGAUGGCAUAAACGACAUUGUUUCACUGCUUGAAGAUUUUUAUGGAAAUGAUGGAAAAACUGCCUUUAUCUUAACUUCUGACCAUGGAAUGACAGAUUGGGGCUCUCAUGGAGCUGGCCAUCCCUCAGAGACUUUAACACCGUUGAUUGCUUGGGGAGCUGGAGUGAAUUAUCCACAGAAAGUCGCAUCCCAGUUCUUUGAAGAUGAAUUUUUAAAAGAAUGGAAACUGGAGAAUUGGAAGAGGCUGGAUGUCAACCAGGCUGAUAUAGCGCCGCUGAUGGCUUCCCUUAUUGGUGUUCCUUUUCCCCUUAAUUCUGUGGGAAUUCUGCCUUUGGACUAUUUGAAUAAUAGUGCUCAUUUCAAAGCUGAGAGCAUGUUUACAAAUGCUGUUCAGAUUCUUGAGCAGUUUAAGAUUAAGAUGACUCAGAAGAAGGAAACUACAUUAUCAUUUCUAUUUGUACCUUUUCACAGUCAAAUGUUGUGGAGGACAGAUGUGACCACUCUGCACUGCCAUCAUAACUUGAGUGGUGUCUGCAUGCCCAGAUUGAGGUUGCUUUCAGAUACUGAACAGAUAAACAUUUUGAGAAAAGCAAGAUCUUAUAUUCAUCAGGAAAAAUAUCAUGAGGCGGUAUCUCUUUGCAAAACCCUGAUUAGCCUUGCUUUGGAAGGACUGUCAUAUUACCAUACUUACGACAGAUUGUUCUUGGGCAUAAGUGUUGUCAUGGGUUUUGUGGGCUGGACAUCUUAUGUGAUUUUGCUGAUUGUCAAGACACAUACUAGUCUGACUAGGAGUACCCAGGAUAAUAAGGCAUCUACUGUUCUCCUCUUGUAUGGUUUUGCAGCUACUGGAGUAUUAAUAGCUUUUUUCCUGCUGAUUCAAACCUGUCCAUGGACAUAUUACAUAUAUUGUCUGUUACCGGUACCAGUAUGGUAUGCAGUUGUGAAAGAAUUCAGAGUUAUUCAAGACCUUGUGUCAUUGCUCUUGGUAUUUCCUCUGGGUCAGUCUAUUGGAUUCUUAGGAGCUGGUGCUCUGGGAAUUGAAAUAUUAGUUUUCAGCUUUUUCUACCGCUCUACACUUACUGUUGGUCUCAUUGCCUUUGCUGGCUGGCCAUUGAUCACACGACUGUGGGCUCAAGCAAAGGUAACAACAUUGAGCUGGACUCUAUUAUGUUUACUCUUGGCAAUGUUUCCCUUGAUGCCUGUUGUAGGAAGAGAGCCUAAUAUUUCUCUGGUAACAGUAGCAGGUUUGGUGAUUCUCCUGAUCUCUUCCUUCUCCCUGGCAUCUCUUUGUAAAAGCAGAAAUAAAUAUGUGCCUAAGAAAGAUCUGACAAUACUCCUUUUUCAGAUGCUGAACAUAGCACUUUCAACAUAUGUUGUGAACAGUACCCACAACAGUCUUCAUCAUAAGCAGGGACUGCCUGUAAUUAAUCAAAUCAUUAGUUGGACAACACUAGCCUCAUCCUUGUUUGUGCCAUUACUGAGUCCCACGUUUUUCUUCCAGCGACUGCUUAGCAUACUUCUCUCUUUGAUGUCACCCUACUUGCUCCUCAGCACAGGAUAUGAAGCUCUCUUUCCACUGGUAUUGUCUGGGUUGAUGUUUGCUUGGAUAUACAUGGAAAAAGAAGCAUUACAGUACUAUGGCGAUUCACUUAAAACAAAGCUUGCUGUUCUCAACUUCUCCUGCUCUACUGAUAUAACUCAGUUUCGGCAACUCCACCUGGAUGACAUCCGCAGGUCUUUUUUCUUUGUUUUCUUCAUCAUGACGGCUUUUUUUGGUACUGGAAAUAUAGCUUCUGUUAACAGUUUUGACCCUGCUUCUGUCUAUUGCUUCCUGACUGUGUUCAAUCCGUUUAUAAUGGGAAGCUUGCUGGUGUGGAAGAUUGUAAUCCCUUUUGUUCUUGUGUCGUGUGCUUUUGAAGCUGUUCAAGUCACAACCCAGUUAUCUUCUAAAAGCCUUUUCCUCCUCGUUCUUGUGAUUUCAGACAUUAUGGCUUUGCACUUCUUCUUUUUGGUUAAAGAUUAUGGAAGCUGGCUGGACAUCGGAACAAGCAUUAGCCACUAUGUCCUUGUGAUGGUUUUCACUAUCUUCAUCAUGCUGCUGAGUGGACUGGCCCAGCUGCUCACUACAAAGAGAAUUGAACUUUGGGGAAGAACUAAACGCCAUUCCAUGUGACAGAGCUACAAGUGUUUUUGCUAUUUGAAUUUUCACCCUUACUGUGAGCCAGUGUCCACCUCUGGAAUGUAAAUAGUUAAUGGACUGGCGUGCCAAAAUCCCAUUUAGAGAUUUUCUACUUUCCUGUGACUGAGAUUAUGCUUGCAGAUUGGCAUUUAGAGAUCUGCUGGGGUAAAAUAGUCUUAAUUUUAUUCCUUAAAUAUAUUUUUUGCAAUAAAAACAGUGAUUAAGUCCUGGUUUAAAACAUCA